AUGUCGCAACAGUACCCCCAGCAAUAUCCGCAGCAGGGUGUACCAGGUCAAGACGGUUUCGGUCAGCAGCCACCUUCGGAACCGAAUUAUGACAACUACGAGACCAACGCUCCGCCAGGGGUGCCGCCAGCUCCUGCUCCAGGCCCUGCGCACGGCGGUCGGAAGAAGCGUGCCUAUGCCGGACAGGCCUAUGAAUUCGGGACAGGAGGAAACGCCGCGCUAGGAGGCCAACAACCAGCCGGAGGCGCAUACCCUGCCUACUCGGCUCAAGCAGAUGCGGCAGGAUAUCCCCAAGGAGGAUACCAGCAGAACCCUGCGGCUGUCCAGCAGUCCGCAGCGCCAAUGUACCCGGGUCAAGAACCUGUGCCGGCAAUAGGGGGUUAUCAGGCUCCGGCUCCGGGAUACCCUGCAGCUGGGGCUGGCGGUGUGCCAGGAAUGACACAACAGUUCGCUCAAAUGGACAUGUCUCAGAAGGCACCUGUCGCAGCUGCACCACAACAGUCACAGCGUGCUCUAGUCCUGAAUCAGCUGUAUCCCACCGACCUGUCCAACCAGCCCUUCAAUGUUGUCGAGUUGGACUACCCUCCUCCACCAGCGAUUCUCCCUCCCAAUACUAGUGUGACGCCUUCACCUUAUGCCAACUGUCCGCCGAAAUAUGUUCGAUCGACCUUGAAUGCUGUCCCUACCACUCAUUCCCUUCUCAAGAAGUCCAAACUCCCUUUUGCGCUCGUCAUUCAGCCAUAUACAUCUCUACAUGAUGUUGAAGACCCUGUACCGAUCGUGCCCGAUCAGGUUAUCUCUCGGUGUAGAAGAUGCAGAUCAUACAUCAACCCGUUUGUGACGUUUCUGGACCACGGUCACCGAUGGAGAUGCAACAUGUGCAACCUGACCAACGAUGUGCCGCAAGCAUUUGAUUGGGACGCAGCCGCUCAGAAGAGUCUCGACAGAUGGCAACGUCCUGACCUUAACCAUGCGGUCGUCGAAUUUAUUGCUCCCCAGGAGUACAUGGUCCGACCUCCUCAACCUCUCGUAUAUUUGUUCUUGUUGGAUGUCAGCUACGCAGCGGUGACGAGUGGCCUCCUGGCCACGACAGCACGGUGUAUUCGAGAGAGCCUGGAUCGGAUACCCAACGCCGAUCGCCGCACUCGGCUGGGGUUUAUAGCUGUAGACUCCAGUCUACACUUUUUCAACAUUCCCCGGGAUGGAACAGAGAAUGCCCAGACUAGCAUGCUUGUCGUAAGCGAUCUGGAAGAAGCAUUCCUGCCCACACCAGCCGAUUUGCUGGUCACCUUGACAGAGUGCCGAGAGAACAUUGAGAGUUUCCUCGACAAACUGCAAGAAAUGUUUCAAAACACCCAGAAUGGAGCAUCCGCCAUGGGUUCGGCACUGCGAGCAGGGCACAAGCUGAUAGGACCUGUGGGUGGGAAGAUGACAGUGGUCACUGCUUCGAUUCCCAACAUUGGAACUGGCAAGCUCGAAAUGCGUGAGGAUAAGAAGCUGCUGGGCACCUCUAAAGAGAGCAGUCUCCUGCAGACUGGCAACAGCUUUUACAAGAGCUUUGCAGUCGAAUGUUCAAAACAGCAAAUUUCGGUCGACAUGUUUCUGUUUUCGUCGCAGUACCAGGACGUGGCCUCGCUGAGCAAUCUGCCCAGAUACACUGGUGGCCAGACCUACUUCUACCCCGGCUGGAAUGCGGCAAGGGAAGAUGACGCCAUGAAGUUUGCCAAAGAGUUCUCUGACUACCUGUCGGCAGAAAUCGGGCUUGAGGCAGUGCUGCGUGUGCGAGCAACUACCGGGCUGAGAAUGAGCACCUUCUACGGCAACUUCUUCAAUAGAAGCUCCGACCUCUGCGCAUUCCCAGCGUUUCCAAGAGAUCAAAGCUAUGUCGUGGAGGUUGCGAUUGAUGAGACCAUCACGAAGCCUGUGGUCUGCAUGCAGACCGCUGUUUUGCACACGACGUGCAAUGGCGAACGACGCAUCCGAGUCAUGACUCUGGCGCUGCCGACAACGCAACAAUUGGCCGACGUCUAUGCAUCAGCGGACCAGCAAGCUAUUACUGAAUACUACAGUCACAAGGCCGUGGAACGAGUUCUAAACGGUGGACUGGACAGCGCCCGAGACAUGAUUGAAGCUAAGCUGAUCGAGUUACUUGCCACUUACAAGAAGGAGCUGGCUGGAGGCAGUAUGGGCGGUGGUGGCCUGCAGUUCCCUGCGAACCUCCGUGGUCUGCCCGUCCUCUUCCUUGCGUUGACCAAGAAUCUGGGACUGAGGAGGUCGUCUCAGAUACCGAGUGAUAUGCGGUCCGCAGCGUUGUGCUUGCUGUCGACUCUACCGUUGCCUCUGCUAAUUCAGUACAUCUAUCCGAAGAUGUUCUCACUGCAUGACAUGCCCGACGACGCGGGUACUGUGGACGAGAAGACAGGCGAAAUCAUCCUGCCACCGUCUGUGAACUUGUCAUCGGAGAGGAUUGUACCCUAUGGCUUGUACCUGAUCGAUGAUGGACAGACACAGUUCCUUUGGGUUGGGCGAGAUGCUGUACCGCAGUUAGUGCUCGACGUUUUCGGAGUCCCGGACAAGAGCCAGCUCAAGGUCGGGAAGCAACGCCUGCCAGAGUUGGACAAUGAUUUCAACGAGCGAGUCAGGGCUGUCGUUUCCAAGAGCCGCGAUCACAAGUCGAAGGGAGUGGGCAGCAUUAUUGUACCGCAUCUCUACGUGGUCAAAGAGGAUGGAGAGCCUGGCCUGAGGCUGUGGGCGCAAACGAUGCUCGUGGAGGAUCGAGCAGAUCAGGGAGUCAGCUUGCAGCAGUGGAUGGGCAGAAUGCGUGAAAAGGUACAGUCGUAG